AUGAAUGACAAGUCACAGGUUCCGGCAGAGGCCGUAGGCGGAGGAGUCAAGCCUCUGGUGGGCUUCCUGGGCCCCCAGGCCUCGUACACGCACCAGUCUUGGCAACCCCCCUUUCUCCUUCUGUAUCUCUCUCUCUCUCUCUCUCUCUCUCUCUCUAUCUUUUGUUCGUUCCUGCGCCGUGCCGUGUGCCACCUCCCGUCUGACUUGAAUCGGAACCUCCCAUCAGACAUCUUCGAGGUCGUACAAGCCGGCGAGGUCGCCUUUGGCGUCGUCCCCGUCGAGAACUCAACCAACGGCUCCGUCCUCUUCACGCUGGACAACUUUGCCGACCGCAACGGCUUGUACCCGGACAUCUCGGUCUGCGGCGAAAUCUACCUAGACGUGCACCACUUCCUCGUCGGCCGCCGCCCGGCCCCAGACGUCAUCGCUGCCGGCCCCCCGGGCCAAGGACCACCACGGGGCGGCGGCGGCGGAGCCGGAGACGAAGGCUCCGGCGCCUGCACGCCGACGGCAUCGGACCCGAACCCGCUCAAGCCGCGCACGAAGCCGCUGUGCAGCCUCAAGCACGUCCGGCGCCUGUACUCGCACCCGCAGGCGUGGGGCCAGUGCGUCGCCUUCUUGCAGACGUACCUCAAGGGCAUCGAGGCCAUCGACGUCAGCUCGACGUCCCGCGCGGCGGAGCUGGUCAGCCUCGACGAGACGGGGACGAGCGCGGCCAUCUCGAGCGAGAUCGCGGCGGGGAUGCACGGCAUCGACGUGCUCGCGCGUACGAUUGAGGACCGCGAGGAUAAUACGACGCGGUUCUUUAUCAUUCGCAAGGGGCUCGAGCAGAAGAAGAUGCCGGGGCAUUGUGUCCGACCGAAAGCGAGGACAAAGUCCAUGGUGUCGUUUACGGUCCCGCAUGAGGCUCCGGGAGCGCUGGCAGAUGUGUUGGAGUGUUUCCGACGGUACGGGACGAAUCUUACGAGCAUCAACAGCCGGCCGAGCCUGACGGCGCCGUUCAACUAUGUGUUUUUUGUCGAGUUUGAGGGGCAUCGGUUCCGGGAUCCGGAGGGGAGGGUGAAGGGGGCGUUGGACGGGGUGGCUUCGGUGGCAGAGAGAUGGCGGUGGCUUGGGAGCUGGGAGGACCAGCGGUCGUGA